AUGGAUCUCUACAAAAUAGACAACAACAACUGCGAGUGCGCUUCUAUCUCAGGGAAUGGGGGCAUCAAUAAGAUAAAUAGCAAUGAGUACGAAAUAACUAUGCCUGCUGGGCUAAAUAGCGACAACAUAGAAAUACAGCAGAACAAGAACAUAGUGACUAUAAAGUACAAAAAACAGACUAAAACCAGCACAGAAGAGUCAAACAUUGAAGGAAGCUACGCCUUCACCGUGGACAACAACCUAAAAGUUUCAAAAAUAAACAAGGAGCGCUCUAAGCUGAAAAUAGAGUUAGAAACAGGCGAGCCUGUGGCUGAUAAAAUACUCAGAAUAGAGAAUAAAUAA